GUCACGGGCUCCAGCAGUGAUCCCAUCGUGAUCCUCCGGGAUGUGCAAAAACACCCGGAACUGCGGCCCUCCGUCAGAUACAAACCCAAAACCACCAGAAUCAUCACCAAGGACGUGAUCCGGGAACUCGUCGUUCCCCAGGAGAAACCCCAAGCGUGUCUCAUCAUCGGGGAGAAGGAAUAUGAGAGGAUCAAGGAGUCAGCUCGAGCCCCGAGCGAGGAGGAGCGCCGGGACAGGCUGAAGAGCCUGAAAGCCAGACAGGACGCUGCUUUCGAAGCCCUGCAAAAGGCCAAGAGCGAGGAGCAGAGAAAGGCAGAGCUGCAGGACGAGAGGGAGCGGCGGAGAGACGUGGAAGAGGAGCUGCAGCAGGAGAAGCAGCAGCUGCUGCAGCGGGCGGCCAGGAUGAGGCUGGAGCAGGAGGAAGAGAUCCGGGCGCUGAACACGCUGUUCCUGGAAGCCAAGUGCAACAUGAUCUGGGACAAGCAGGUCCUGGAGAAGCGCACGAUCCGCAAGGAACUGGCGGACGAGGAGAAGCGGCUGGACAAGAUGAUGCUGAUGGAGUGGGAGAAGGGCAGCGAGGUGCAGGAGGAGCUGGAGUGCCAAAGGAAGCGGGAGCUGCUGAGAGCCAGGCAGGACAUCGCCAAACAGAUGGAGCAGAACGCAGAGGAGCGAGCGCUGAGGGAGGAGGAGCUGUACCAGGAGGGCCAGAGGCACCUGGAGCGGCUGGAGCAGAUGAAGAGGGAGGAUCGCAAGGCCUGGCAGCAGAAACAGGAGCGACGAAAGCAAAUCCAUGCCGAGAUUAAACAAUUCAACGAGGAGAGCCAGAGGCUGCAGGAGGAGCAGCGGGAGCGGGAGAGGCUGGAGGAGGAGCGGGCGCUGGAGCAGCAGCGGCAGAAAGAUGAGCGCGAUGCUGCCUUGGAGGCGGAGAAGGAACGGCUGCGCCUGGAGAAGGAGAAGGAGCUGGCCCGGCUCAGGGUGACGCAGGAGCGGGUCCAGGACUGGCUGGCAGAGCGGGAUGCUCUGAGGGCCAAGAGGAACCAAGAGGCCGCCGAGCGGGAAUGGCGGCGGCAGGAGCUGGAGAAGGCGCGGAAGAAGGCCGAGCUGGAGCAGCAGCUGAGGCAGGAGCGGCUGGAGCAGGUGGCCCAGAAGGAAGAGUACGUGGCCAUGCAGCUGGAGCAGGACCGCCAGGAGUUCCAGAGGGUGCUCAGGGCCCAGCAGGAGCAGCUGGAGCGGGAGAAGCUGCAGUGGGAGCAGCGGCAGCUCCGGCAGCGCGCUCACGCCCAAUACCUGCGGAGGCAGAUCCAGGAGCUCCAGCAGCAGCGGCAGCGGCAGCGGGAGGCUCUGAUCGAGGAGGGCCGGCAGCAGCAGCAGGAGGCUCGGCAGCGCAGCCAGCGCCUCGCCCACUUCGGGCAGCAGAAGCUGCAGGAGCUCAGAGCCACCGGCAUGCCCGAGAAGUUCUGUGCCCAGGUGGAGCGCAAAGCCCAGAAGCGAGCCAAGGCAAUCCUCUCCUAGGCCCAGCCCCGCCAAGAACCAGCUCCAGUUCCCCACCCAUUUGGGGC